AUGAUGGCUGCGGCUACGACCUCGCUCCCUCUGGAGUUGCCAGAUGAGGAGAAUGUACAAGAGUCAAGAGUACUGAUUAUCAUGACUGGAGGAACCAUCUGCAUGCAACAAUCACCGUCCGGCUUUGUGCCUGCCAGAGGGUUCCAGGAGAAGUGUAUGGCCCGAGUGCCUUGUUUUAACGAUGCCUCCAUUGCGACGGCGAUGGAUGUAGUGACCAAACCCUCGGGUGAUGUCACAGCACACCCCAGUCUGCGAACUCCAAUUACCAGAUAUGGCCGCCAGGUGCGGUACACAGUCUACGAAUUCGAGGAGCUACUGGACAGCAGCUCCAUCGACGCCAAGGGAUGGGCAGAGAUCGCGCAAACCGUUUUCCAAAACUACGAGCUCUUCGACGGCUUCGUCAUUCUGCACGGCACAGACAGUCUCGCAUACACCUGCUCGGCACUGAGCUUCAUGCUACAGAACCUAGGCAAACCGGUCGUGCUCACAGGCUCACAGGCGCCGAUGCUGGAGCUCCAGAAUGAUGCCACGGAUAACCUGCUCGGAUCGCUCGUCGUGGCUGGCCACUUUAUGAUUCCGGAAGUCUGCCUCUACUUUAAUAACAAGCUCUUCCGAGGAAAUCGCACCACCAAGGUCGCUGCCAGUGACUUUGCCGCGUUCAACGCGCCGAACUUGCCCCCACUCGCCGUGACUACUUCGAUGCGCACCAAUGUGGAUUGGGAUAUGGUGCAUCGACCCACCAGUCUGGAGCACUUCUCGAUCCAAACAAAUCUCGACACAGCCCACGUUGCCUGCCUGCGCAUAUUCCCGGGUAUUAAGCCAGAGAUGGUGGAUGCAGUGCUCCGGCUGGACGGUCUACGUGGUCUCGUGUUGGAGACAUUCGGGGCUGGAAAUGCUCCAUCCGGUCAGGAUAAUGCCAUGAUCAACGUGCUCGCCAGCGCCAUCAAGCGGGGCAUCGUGAUUGUGAACAUCACCCAGUGUCUCACGGGUAGUGUCAGCCCUGUCUACGCUACCGGCAUGAGUCUAUCUCGGGCCGGCGUCGUGGCCGGCCUCGACAUGACAACCGAAGGUGCCUUGACGAAACUCGCAUAUCUCCUCGCACUACCGGACUCGUCCCCGGAAACCGUAACAAAGUAUAUGUCGAUUUCACUACGGGGCGAACUGACCGAAUCUUCCCUUCCGGUAUUCCGUCAUCCAGACGGGCCCCUUCCCGAGCGCGUGCAGACCCUCACCGCGAUGGCGUACGCCAUCGCCCACGGCGAUCUCGAGCGCGUCCAAGAUAUCAUGAAGAUCGAGCAUCACUGGCUGCUCAAUGACGAGGAUUACUCGGGCAACACACCUAUUCAUGUUGCAUCGACGGCACCUUCCGUCUCGAUCCUUCACUUCUUGCUGUCGCAAGGCGGGUCGGUCCAUCUGCGGAAUCGCGCCGGACGCACCCCGCUGUUCCUGGCCGCCAAUGCAGGACUCUCGGAGCACGUCCUCCUUCUGCGCAAGUCCGGUGCGCACCUGCAUUCGGAUGAGCGACCGGCGGCAGAACUCCUCGCUCGACGACGACCUGGCGUCUGGGGAUUGGCGGGUAUUGACCCCAGAGAAAACAGUCAGCGCGAACUGGACGAGGAUAGUAUGAGGGGUAGUGCUGGUGACGAUGGCGACGGGUGGAAUCGGGCGAUGGCUGGGUCAGCGCCAUGA